CUUAUUAUUCAAACCAACUUAUCUUUCCAACUCUCUUUUGCUGCGUUCUUUAAAGCUGCUAACGCUUGAGUUUUGUUGUCACCAUGAGGCUCUACGUGUAUGUGCUGCAAGCAAAAGACUUGCUUGCACGUGAUUCUUUUGUGAAACUUCAACUUGGCAUGUACAAGUCUAAAACUAGGAUUUUGAGGAACAAUAGCAACCCUGUUUGGAAUGAAGAGUUCGUUUUCAGGGUUCAUGAUAUUCAUGAUGAAGAGGUGGUUUUGUCUAUGUUUCACCAUGAUGAUGAUUCUGGCUUGUUUCAUUUCUCUGGGGAACUCAUGGGUCGGGUUCGGGUCCCCGUUUGGUCAGUUGCUGGAGAAGAGAAUCAGAUGCUGCCACCCACUUGGUUCUCCCUUGAAAAGCCAAAGACUGGCAAGUUUAACGAUAAAGAUUGCGGCAAACUUCUUCUCAGUAUGUGUCUAGGCGGUAAAGGGCAUGACGCUUCCUCUAACAGCCUCCUUAGCCCGCAUUCGAAUGUCAAUGCUGAAGACCUCAUAGAGUUUGAAGGUCCAUGCGUGUUAUCUCAUGAUGUAUUCAGCUCAAAGGCUCCGACGUUACAUAUAGCAGAAGGGAAACACUUAAUGAAGGCUAUUGUAAGCCGUUUAGAGAAGGUUUUUCAUAAGAAUGGGGAAGCCUCAAAAAAUGGGGAUUCUUCAGGUGUGCCAUCAGAUUAUGAGGAUUCUGUGGAGGAACAUCCCUCUUGUCAUAGCUUUGAAGAAGCUAUGAAGAUGAUGCAGUCGAGAGACAGUACAAAAGAAAUGCCAGAAAACCUCCAGGGAGGUAUUCUUCUUGAUCAAGUAUAUCUAGUGUCCCCAUCUGAUCUCAACAAACUUCUUUUUGCACCAGAUUCGCAGUUCAUGAGAGACCUGGCAGAACUCCAGGGAACAACAGAUAUACAAGAGGGCCCUUGGGUUUGGAAGUCAGGAGACAUGUCUUGUUUAACGCGUACUGUGUCCUACAUGAACGCUGCAACAAAGUUGGUUAAGGCUGUAAAAGCCACAGAACAGGAAACCUAUAUUAGAGCUAAUGGACGGGAAUUUGCCAUCUUGAUGAAUGUAAGCACACCAGAUGUUCCUUACGGAAAUACAUUUAAUAUAGAGUUGCUAUACAAACUAAUGCCUGGACCAGAGCUACCUUCAGGAGAAGACUCAUGUCGCCUCAUAAUAUCUUGGGGCAUUAACUUCCACCAAACCACAAUGAUGAGAAGUAUGAUUGAAGGAGGAGUUAGGCAGGGAAUGAAGGAGAAUUUUGACCAUUUUGCCAACCUGCUGGCGAAGACUCAUAAGAUUUCAGAUUCCACAGACAUACUAGACAAAGAUCAUGUGCUGGCAACUUUAGAAACAGAACACCAGUCUGAUUGGGAAUUAGCAGUAGAAUACUUUUGGAAUUUCACUGUAGUUUCUGGCACUUUUUUUGUUUUGUAUGUCCUAGUGCACAUUCUGCUUUGUGAACCUAACAAAGUCCAAGGUUUGGAAUUUUAUGGACUUGAAUUGCCUGACAGUUUUGGAGAGCUUAUCACUUGCGGAUUUUUAGUGAUACAAUUGGAGCGUGUUUAUAGCAUGAUCUCACAUUUUGUACAAGCUAGGUUGCAAAGAGGAAGUGAUCAUGGAGUUAAAGCCCAAGGUGAAGGAUGGGUUCUUACUGUGGCUUUAAUAGAAGGGGUCAAUUUAGCAUCCUUGGAAUUGACGGGUUUGCCUGAUCCUUAUGUUGUCUUCACCUGCAAUGGUAAGACAAGAACAAGCUCGGUGAAGCUUCAGACUUGUGAUCCUCAAUGGAAUGAUAUACUUGAGUUUGAUGCUAUGGAAGAACCACCAUCAGUUCUGGAUGUAGAAGUUUUUGAUUUUGAUGGUCCAUUUGACCAGGCCACUUCCCUUGGGCAUGCUGAGAUCAAUUUCUUGAAACACACAUCUACUGAUCUGGCAGAUAUGUGGGUCUCCCUUGAGGGGAAGCUUGCUCAGUCUUCUCAGUCAAAGUUACGUUUGAGAACUUUUUUGGACAAUAAGAAAGGAGUUGAAACAGUUAAAGAAUAUUUAACAAAGAUGGAAAAGGAAGUUGGAAAGAAGUUGAAUCUACGGUCACCUUAUAAGAAUUCAACUUUCCAGAAACUGUUCGCACUGCCACCAGAAGAAUUUCUAAUCAGUGACUUUACAUGCCACCUGAAGAGAAAAAUGCCUUUGCAGGGCCGGCUGUUUCUAUCUGCAAGGAUUGUUGGGUUUUAUGCAAAUUUAUUUGGCCAUAAAACCAAAUUUUUCUUUCUCUGGGAGGAUAUCCAUGACAUCCAAGUGCUUCCUCCCUCACUUUCAUCUGUAGGUAGCCCUUCGUUGGUCAUUAUUCUGCGGAAGGAUCGAGGUCUUGAUGCAAGGCAUGGAGCAAAGUCCCAUGAUGAAGAAGGCAGGCUUAGAUUCUAUUUUCAAUCCUUUGUUUCAUUCAAUGAAGCCAGCAGGACAAUUAUGGCCUUGUGGAGAACGAGAACACUCACCCCGGAUCAGAAAGCACAAAUUGCAGAAGAGCAGCAGGAUGGAGAAGUAUCCAUGCUGGAAGAUGCUGGAUCGCUUCUGGAUGUUGAAGAUGCAAAAAUGUCCAGGGUUUGUUUUGCUGAACUGCCCAUGAACAUAAAAGCACUAAUGGAGAUGUUUGACGGAGGAAUGUUGGAGCAUAAAGUAAUGGAAAAAUCUGGUUGUCUUAAUUAUACAAAUACUUCAUGGGAGCCCCUAAACUCAGGUGUUUCUGAACGACAUGUGUCUUACAGAUUCAGUCGCCAUGUCUCAAUCUUUGGAGGGGAAGUAACAUGCAGACAACGAAAGUCUCCCCUGGCAAAUGAUGAAGGGUGGCUUGUGAAUGAGAUCAUGUCAUUACACGAUGUCCCAUUUGAUGAUCACUUCCGUGUUCAUUUCAAAUAUGAGAUUCAGAAGUCUGCCCUUGCACAUAAUGCAUGCAAGUGUGCGGUUUAUAUAGGGAUAACAUGGCUGAAAAGCACCAAAUUCCAGCAGCGAAUUACUCGAAACAUAACUGAGAAUUUUUCUAAUAGGCUGAAGGAGAUGAUCGGGCUGGUUGAGAGGGAGAUUCUAUUUGCAACUCGACAGGAUACAAGUUCAAUUUGAUAAAUACUUUGUUAUUAUUCAUCAGAAUGC